ACAGACCCGGCAGAGCGCAGCCCCGGCCCACCGUGCGCACAGACCCGGCCGAGCGCAGCCCGCUCCAGUGCGCACAGACCCGGCAGAGCGCAGCCCGCCCCAGUGCGCACAGACCGGGGCAGAGCGUUGCGCCUUCGCCGAACCCCGCGCGCGUCUCCGGGUCUGCGGAUCGGCGGAUCUGCCUGCUCCGAGCCCUGAAAGCGAAGCUGUCCGGGAAAGAUCACAGAUCCGCCAACCCCAAGAGAGUGGCCAGAAGCAUUUUCUAGAAUCAGAAUCUAACCGGUGUGCAGCUCUGUGACUCCCAGGCUGAGCUCAUCAUGUCUAAUUUUGAAGAUGCUGACACAGAAGAGACAUUAACUUGUCUCCGGAUGACUGUUUACCAUCCUGGCCAGAAUGGUGGAAUAUUUAAAUCAAUAAAGUUUUACAACAGAGAGAAACUCCCCUCUAGCCAAGUGGUGAAGGUUGGACGAAAUUCCAGUAUCUGUCAGUAUACUUUUCUGGACAGACAGGUUUCCCGAGUCCAGUUCUCUUUGCAGGUAUUUAAACAAUUCAACAGCUCAAUCCUCUCUUUUGAAAUAAAAAAUAUGAGUAGGCGGACCAGCCUGAUGGUGGACAGCCAGGAACUAGGCUACCUCAAUAAGAUAGAUCUACCGUACAGGUGCAUGGUCCGAUUUGGUGAGUAUCAGUUCCUACUGGAGAAGGAAGAUGGAGAGUCUGUAGACUAUUUUGAGACUCAGUUUAUUUUGUCUCCAAGACCACUCUUGCAAGAAAACAACUGGCCAACACAGAAUCCCAUACCUGAAGAUGGGAGUUAUUCGUCUUUUUCCAUGCAAAGUGCAUCACCUACAGAGAUGGAUGAAAAUGAACUGUGGAUACAGGCAUAAGAAGAGGGUAGGGUGAUAUGGAUAUAAAUGCUUGGUAGAUUUUCUACCCUUCAGAGUUCAGCUAUGCUGUUGUUUGGGAUUUGGUAUUAUUAACCUUUGAAAGACCGUACACAAGAUGGUAAGCGGUGGAGUGAACUGUGGCAUUCUGUGGGAGUGAACUGAGCCUGUGAAGAAUUAAGCAUACACCUGCAAGGGUUCAGGUCUAAAGAUAACCUAGGUGACGAGACUGCGUUUGGUUUUCUGCUUGAUUGAAGCCCUGUGUUUUGCUUUUGUAAGGAACUGUCUCUAAGUUGGAUCGUUUUCUUUUCUGUCGUCAUUCAUUUUCAAGGCAAAGGCUUCAGGCAGGGAGUCAGUGUGUCUGCAGCUUGUUAGAACUUGUUAGAAUCACAGUACUGUGGUAUUGCAGCAAAGUAGUAGAGUACUGGGGUACUGUGUGUAUAACCUGUGGCUUACUUACAGUUAUUACUCAAGAAAGAUUUGCAUUUCUUUCUGUGGACUAUUUAUUCCUAAAAUGACUGUUCUCUAUUUCAGCAUUUCAACAAUAUAGACAUUUUGUAAAGAACCAUCCUGCUUAUGAAACAUAUAUGUGUAUAUGUAUAUAUAUAUAUCUACCAAAUUCAAAUUGUGAUUUUUGUGUAUUUUAUACAAUUUUUAAAUUUCUCAUGUUCAAAUUUUAAUAGCAUCUGUGCACAUAAUAAAGUCAAAGAUUAUUUCCCUUACCAUUAAAAAAUUGUUUUUCUAACGAACUUUACAAUUUAGGUGCAGGGGAGGGGGAAGUAUA